CUUCAAAACACCACAAGGACAAGAAGCACCACGGGUGACUGCUCAUUGCGCCCCUGAUCCCAUCUGUCAAUCUGGCUGGCUAAUGGGCUGGAUUUACAAUGGCGGGAUACACAAAACCAGUCGCUUCUGCCACGGGCGGCUUGUCCUUUUCCCGACUACAAUCUCACGAGAUUCGUCGCAUCUCGGUCAAGCAAAUUCAUCAGAGUCCAGCACUAGACUCUCUCUUCGAGCCUGUACCCGGCGGUCUUCAUGACCCGGCUCUGGGAGCCAUUGCCGCUCUAGAUGCCAACUGUACUACAUGUCGGUUGAAUUCAAUCCACUGCACCGGACACUGCGGUCACAUCGAGCUACCUGUUCCCUGUUACCACCAUCAGUAUAUUGACUCUGCAUUGCGCCUUCUCCGAGCCAAAUGCGCCUACUGCCAUCGCUUCAAAGCGGCUCCAAACUUCAUCAACCAGACCAUCUGCUCCCUCCGUCUCCUUCAGUAUGGACUCGUCGAAGAGUAUCAGGUCAUCAAGACUAUGCAGCUUGGAGGACGACGCUCAAAACAAUCAAAGACCGAUAUUGUGCAGGAUGUGGCCGAGGUUGAAGAAGAGGAAGAAGACAUUGACGACCUGAUCGACCGAAGAACGAGAGCCACGAACAAAGCCAUCAGACGAGCAGAAAAGAAGCGUCUCAUUGACCCUCAGGCCCUCAUACGUAACCCAGUCGCCAUAACUGCUCGAAAGGCUGUCAUAGCCGACGUUUUGAAAGAAGUUCCACUUCUCAAUAAAUGCGCCAACUGUGGAGGUGCUAGUAUCACCUACAGAAGGGAUCGGGCGGUCAAAAUCUUCAGGCGGCCACUUGCAAAGAUGCAGAAGGAGACCAUGCGUGUGAUGGGUAUGCAGGCGCCCAAUCCGCUUAUUUUCCUACAAUCCGAGAAACAACAAAAAUCCACGGCCAAGAAGCCUCUGUCAAAUGGCAUCCACGACGAGGAUGUCGACAUGGUGGACGCAGACGAGCAACAGACUGAGACACAUGGAGCGGAGGAGGAGAUUGCCACAUUAAACGCCCUCGAGACAAUGGCUAACUCUAAAAAUGCCGAAGUGGAAGAUACAGAUGACGUGCAAGCGUACAUGACGCCUAGCGAAGUUCUUGCGGCUCUAACGCUCCUAUUCGACCGCGAGCAAGAGCUCCUUAACCUGAUGUACACCUCUCACCCUGGUGGCAAGUAUGCUCCAGUUUCACCAGACAUGUUCUUUUGCACUGCGGUGCUAGUGCCCCCGAAUCGCUUCAGGCCGCUGGCACGUCAAGGCCCAAAUGCGAUGCUUGAGGCUCAAGCCAAUACGGUGCUCAACAAAAUCAUAGUCGCUGCCAAUGAUAUGCGGCAGAUACUGCGAGACAUGAAGAGAGCAAAGACGGAUCCCUCAGUACGACCACGAAGCUUGAACGAGAGCAUCCAGGCCUCGAUCGUAUUGCAAGAAGCCCUCAACGGAUUGAUCGAUUCGCCGCCACCUACGUCGGGCAAACCUGCAGACCAGGGAAUUAAACAAGUACUGGAAAAGAAGGAAGGUCUCUUCAGAAUGCAUAUGAUGGGCAAGCGAGUCAACUUUGCAGCACGCAGUGUCAUUUCGCCAGACCCAAAUAUCGAGACCAACGAAAUCGGAGUGCCACUGGUAUUUGCUAAGAAAUUGACGUAUCCAGAGCCCGUCACCAGCCACAAUUUCGAAGAGCUGAGUAGGGCUGUGAUCAAUGGGAUGGACAAAUACCCGGGUGCAGCGGCGAUCGAGAAUGAAAAUGGGAUGGUUCUGAGUCUGAAGCGUAAAACCCUGGACCAGCGCAAAGCACUAGCCAAACAGCUAUUGACAUCCACAAUCUCAGGUUCAAAGGGCGACAAUGGGAAAAAGGUCUACCGUCACCUUCAGACCGGAGAUGUCGUUAUCAUGAAUCGACAGCCCACGCUACACAAGCCGUCCAUGAUGGGACAUCGAGCACGCGUCUUGACCAACCAGAAGACCAUACGCAUGCACUAUGCCAACUGCAAUACGUACAACGCUGACUUUGAUGGCGAUGAGAUGAACAUGCAUUUCCCUCAGAAUGAACUCGCACGUACCGAGGCCCUUCAAAUUGCCGACACUGAUCACCAAUACCUUUCUGCAACGGCAGGUAAGCCACUGAGAGGUUUGAUUCAGGAUCAUAUCUCCAUGGGUGUCCAAUUCACCGGCAGGGAUACGUUCUUCGACCGCGAUCAAUACCAGCAACUAUUAUAUAGUUGCCUUCGUCCAGAAGAUCACAACACUGUCUUUGAGAAGAUCCACAUGGUGGAGCCUGCAGUUCUGAAACCGAAGAUGCUAUGGACAGGUAAACAAGUCAUUACUACGGUGCUGAAAAACAUUACACCGGACGGAUAUCAGGGGCUCAACCUUACGAGCAGAUCCUCCACGUCUUCCGAACAAUGGGGUGAAUCGACCUCGAAAGACGAAAGCAAAUGGGCUGUCACGAGCACCGGCACCGUAUUCCGCGACACGGAGCAAAGUGUCAUUUUCAGAGACGGAGAGCUUUUGUGCGGUAUUCUUGACAAAAGCCAGCUUGGACCUAGCGCCGGUGGUCUCAUCCAUUCAAUCUACGAGAUCUAUGGACACAUCAUUGCUGGCAAGCUGUUGAGUAUCCUGGGACGAUUACUGACCAGAUAUCUCAAUGAGCGUGCGUGGUCUUGUGGUAUGGAUGAUCUGUAUUUGACGCCAGAAGGAGACCAAAAUCGGCGGAAAGAGCUCGAUAAAGCUUCCAAGAUGGGUCUCGAGGUGUCUGCAGAAUAUGUCACCUUGAAAUGGGAUCUAGCCCACCAAGAGAACCCCGAAUUACUGGCGCGACUGGAGAAUGUGCUCAGAAACGAUGAUCAACUGAACGGACUGGAUCAGUUGUACAAAUCCAAAGUCAAGUCCAUCACCGACGCUGUUUCCAAAUUUUGUCUUCCUGGAGGACUUCGAAAAGCCUUUCCUCGGAAUCAAAUGCAGGCCAUGACGCUGUCAGGUGCAAAAGGAUCCAGUGUCAAUGCCAACUUGAUUUCCUGCAAUUUGGGUCAACAGGUUCUUGAAGGGAGACGUGUGCCGACGAUGGUCAGCGGCAAGACUCUGCCCUCGUUUCGUGCAUUCGAAACCCACCCUGUGGCUGGUGGGUACGUUUCUGGCCGUUUCUUGACGGGCAUCAAACCCCAAGAAUACUUCUUCCACGCCAUGUCUGGGCGGGAAGGUUUGAUCGACACGGCUGUGAAGACGUCCAAAUCAGGCUAUCUCCAACGCUGCAUUGUCAAGGGUUUGGAAGGGCUCCGGACCGAAUAUGACACUUCGGUGCGCGAGAGUUCCAACGGCAAUCUCAUUCAAUUCUUGUACGGCGAGGAUGGUCUGGAAGUGACCAAGCAGAAACAUCUGAAAGAGUUCUCGUUCCUAGCCGAAAAUCAUCAAUCCGUCGCCACUUCGAUGAACGCAGAAGAGGUUCUGAGCCGGAUUAAGAAUGAUGGCUUGGGCGAUGAACAGAAGGCUAUCUUGAAGGCAGUCAAGCGUGGUAAGGCUGUAGACCCGUUGACUGCAGCAUUCACACCUACCAGCCAUUUUGGAAGUACAUCAGAGUCUUUCGGGGCGUCCUUGAUCAACUACAUGAAAGAGAACCCCGAUAAGCUGAUCCGGGAGAAGAAAACAAAUCCCGGAGGCAUUGUCAGCAAGAAGACUUUCCAAUCCGUCAUGGAUCUCAAGUACAUGAGAUCGGUCGUUGAUGCAGGUGAAGCAGUGGGAGUGGUUGCUGCUCAGUCUGUCGGAGAACCAUCUACACAAAUGACACUCAACACGUUCCAUUUGGCCGGCCAUUCGGCCAAAAACGUUACUCUGGGUAUUCCUCGCCUUCGCGAGAUUGUUAUGACUGCCAGUGCCAACAUCAUGACACCAACCAUGUCACUGAAGCCCAUCGAAGAGCUCGACACUGCUGAUGGAGAACGGUUCGCCAAGAGUAUCAGUCGAUUGUCUCUGGCGCAAGUGAUCGACCAACUCAGUGUCCGAGAACGAGCCGCGGACGGCAAGAAUGCCAAUGAAAAGCUGUACGACAUCUUCAUUCAAUUAUACGAUCCGGAGGAGUACGAGGAGGAGUAUGCCAUUAAGCGUGGCGAUGUCAAACGAUGCUUGGAACGGAGAUUGUUGCCCAUGCUCGACAAGAAGAUCAAGGACGAAAUCAAAAAGAAACUGAAAGAAUCAUCACUCUCGGAAGUGACUGCGGCGGUACCCGAAGUCGGGGCCUCGGUAGGAGUGAUCGAGGAAGCUCGAGCUCAACCGCUUCGACCCACAGAACGUGAAGGUGGAGAGGACGACAUUGAUGAAGACGCUGAUCCGGACGACGCCAAAGACACGGCGGCUCGACGGCGCCGCGAAGACACCUUUGACGAACCGGAUGACGACGAGAAUGAAGUUGCAAACGAGUCUGGCGACGAUUCCACGGGCAGCGACGACGACGACGAUGGAGAAGGCGCGUCCGGAUCCAAAGUCAAGAAAUCGAAACGCACUUUGAAACAACCACAAACAUUACGAGAGCAAGACCCUGACGAUUCAGGAGAAGCUUCGAAUGACCCAGAUUCCGAAGCCGAGGCUGAGGAAACGCGUCUCAAGCAAGAGAACCCACACCUCAAACGAUUCGUCUUCAGCAAGUACAAGGGCAGCGCAUGUCGAAUCAUUCUCAGCUAUGACUCAAGCACUCCAAAACUCCUUCUCCUUCCGAUUCUGGAGAAGUGCGUGCAUUCGUCACUGAUCCAGAACAUCCCUGGAUUAGGAGUAUGCACUCAAUUCAUGGAAGAAGUGCAUGGACCCGACGGCAAACCGGUCAAGGCGAUCAACAAGGAGACAGGACAAGAAGAGCAAGUCAAAGAAGCAGUGGUGACGACCGAAGGCGUCAACCUUCUAGCCAUGCGCGAUUAUCAACACAUCAUCAACCCUCACAGCAUGUACACGAAUUCAGUACACGACAUGCUCAAAUUGUACGGAGUGGAAGCGGCUCGCAUGACCAUCAUCAAGGAAAUCGACGGCGUCUUCAAAGGUCACGGUAUUUCAGUCGAUCCAAGACAUUUGAACCUGAUUGCAGAUGCAAUGACACAGUCUGGUUCGUACAUGGCUUUCAGCCGUCAUGGUCUGGUCCGUGAAGGUGGUAGUGUGUUGGCUAAGAUGAGUUUCGAAACCGUCAUGGGUUUCCUUCGAGAUGCGGUCUUGUAUGGAGAGAGCGAUCCGCUGCUCGGUCCCAGUGCUAGGAUCGUGGCUGGUCGGAGAGGUAAUGUGGGCACAGGAGCUUUUGAUGUGGUCAUGCCAGUGCAUUGAUUUGGUCGCAGUCGAUAUUGGGACGGUGUUACACGAGCAGGUAUAUAGAUUUCUUGUUCUCACGAGAUGACCUGGUCGAGAAGGCGAAUAAGCGGGAGCAGUAAAUGUUGAAAUGAUACUGAAUUGAACACUCG